GUGUGGACCACAUGCCAGGUCGUGGGGCAGGAGCCGCCGAGGCAUCUGCCUCGCCCAGCGAUGUGAAGGGAGAGCGGGCAACGAAGGAGGUAAUCGAUGCUCAGGCACUACAAGAAACUGCCGCGAGGACUGUGCGAGGAGCGCAGCAGCUUUUCGGCAACCUCACCGGCUGGGUCAGAGAAGCACAGUCGGCUGUUGCUGACUCUUUCGCCGGCUUGGCAGAGGAGGGUGUAGGGCCCCUGACGGCAGUCCGCCGACGUGCCGCUGAGCGCAACGCCGAGGCAGGUGCCAACAUCUCGCCGCGAGCCUCCAAGCGAAGGGAGGCUUCGCGAAGUGAUGCCGCACAGUACUUCGUGGAGUACAAGGGCCUGGAUCUGUCUCUCCUACCCCCUGAGCUGCAGACAGGGCCUGCCCGCACUUGA